CUUGGGCGCCGCCCACUUGCACCAGGCAGUCUCGCCCAGUGCACUUCUUCUCCUCUAUGCCCAGGCCACCUUGGUGUCCUCGCCCAAACCAUUGCCCUAGAGCGUCGCCCAAAGCAUUGCUCCAAGUCGUCACUGUUUGCCAAACCCGCGCCAUGGACGCCUUUCUUAGCACCUUGGGCGUCGCCUAUGAGGCCAAUGCCAAGGUCUCCUCCCUGGUCAGCUACUCCAUGGCUUGAGUCCCUAACACCAUCAACAGAAGACAAAGCCCCAUGGGCGCUGUCCCUUCUUUUCUCCCACACGGGAAUCGCCUGCCUCAACACCUUGGGCGCCACCCAGUUCUCCCUUUUUCCUAAUGGCGUCACCCACUGA